GUGAGAUACACUUCUGUCAACUGCCUCAGCAAAUCAGAGAGAUUAAGGUCAGUUUUAAAACUUCUUUGUUCGGCUUUUGUCGUGACAUAAUCUAUUUAAUUUCUGUCUCUUAGGACAAUGUGGGGCAAUGAAGAGGUGGAAUACAUGGACACAUCUGACAGCCCAUGGUGCUGGUAUUACCUAGCAGACUGUGGAAGGUGGCACAAAUGUGAGGAGGACCCCAUUAACCCCCUUCAGAGUGAGGAUAUUGAAAAAUAUUACCUAAGAAACUCAGAGGCAGCUUUAAAUACAUCUUCAUCUAGCUGUCACAGCAAGAUUGAUUUCUCCGCAAUGUUGCAAACAGACCUCGCCACAGGAAGGCAAAGAAGAAUCCAACGGAGCUACAGCAUUGAGAGAAGUUGCUCCUGCUUCAGUGCUGCUCCAGUCUUUUGGGAAAAGGUUGAUCCUACAUGUCCAUAUCAGUUAAUCCCUCUGAGUGAACUCACCCUUGAGUAUAAAACUGUGGCAGAUUAUGUAAAGAACGAUGGGCUUUUGGACAGAUCCAUUAUGUCAAUCUGCAGGAUACAGAAUUUGGACCUAUGGGAAAUGUAUUGUAGGAAAAAGAAGCAGUUAAUGAGGAUUCAAGGUGUCACAGAGAUUCAAGAGAGAAGACUCUUUCAUGGGACUGACAUCAGAAAUGUCGACAGCAUUUGCAAGUAUAACUUUGACCAACGGUUAGCCGGACAAAAUGGCCACGUAUUUGGCAAAGGAGUAUAUUUUGCAAGAUACGCAACAUACGCGGACAAAUAUAGCAUGAGCAGCACGGAUCCAUUGCCAUUGUAUGGUGGGGUAACAGGAAGUGCCCUCGGACCCACUAAAAUUCUUUUUUUGGCUCGGGUGAUGAUCGGAAAAUCAACUGUUGGACAAUCUCAUUUCCAAAAGCCUGAUCAUGGAAGGUCUGAAAACUCUCACAACAGCUGCGUGGAUGAUACCGAGCAUCCAAAUAUUUUUGUCAUUUUUGAUCCCAAUCAAAUAUAUCCAGAGUAUUUGAUUCAGUACAGUUGAGGUCAAGGCAACUGUCACGGCAUUUUUACUACUUCAAAAAAAACAAAAAAAACAAAACUGUUAUAUGGAGUUUAUAAAGAUUUCUAGAACAGUCUUAAGAAAAAACCGAGGAAUAUUGAAAAUAAGAUCAGUACUGUAUAUAAAAUGGAUUAUUACAGGCUGACUUUUAUCACAUUUGUUUACAAAGAUUUAUACUUGAUCUCAAAACAGAAGAGGUUAAUAAAUAGUUCCUGGCACGAAGCAAACCAAAGUCUACAUGCC